AGAGAGAGAGAGGUAGAGAGAGGGGGAGCCUUAACAUGGAAUCAUUUCCUAUUCAAUUUUGCACGGGCAUCAGAUCCUACUGGAGAAGCCGCAGGUACCAAAAACUCAGAAACUCCGCAACUGGUAAUAAAACCAGGAGGGUGACCAGACUCGGCAACGGCACUCGCAGUUCGACCCGCCGGUUCAGGCUCCGCUCUGUUUUCAGAAUCCGAUUCAAAUUUCGGGUCUUCUCACCGCUUCGGAUCAUCGCCCGAAUCCGAGAUGCUUACGUGGACUCCAUGCUGGGCAUUGCGGGUAAAGGGGCACCAGGCCUGUUGGGCUCUGGUGGGCCCGAGUGUAUGUUGGGCCGAAGAAUUCCCAAGGCUCGACUGGUCCGACCUGAACCGGGUGAUUUUGAGAAGAGGUUGGUUCUAGAGAUAUACAAGUCUGUCAUGGCUUCUAGGGAGCUGCGGUUAGAUGCACUUUGAUUUUUUUGCAAGAAAAUAUAUU